AUGGGUCGGCUUAUCCCGUGGUUGGACGGUCAGUGGGUGCAUGCCCUCUGUGCACAGUUCACCAUCAAGGGCCUCACGGUCACCUUCCCAGGGCUCCUGCCCACGGACUUCUCGGCUUCCCCGGUGGAGCACCCUCGAAGGGAGCCUGAGCCGGGGGCCACCUCGGCCCAUGCACUACCCCAAUAUGCUAGACUGAGCAGCUCGAUCACUGUCCCUGCGGGCUCAAGGUACGUGUCCAGCCGCGUGGACGUCGUCGACUACCCUACGAGCCUGGCGGCUAGCUUUAAGCACACCUGUCCGCUGUGUCGGUGUACCGGGGCAUACGUCCCCUGUGUGUGUGGUCGGAACCACUACCAUCUGCCCUGCCUUUUGACUGCUGAUGGCGCCCCAGCGAUGGACUUGGCCUUGCGAGCUGUCUAUUGUGGAGCUAUCGUGGCCUGCCGCGGCCCUACUCCCUCUGCUGAUGGUCAGAAGCUCCCAUACGCCACCGAGUUGUUGUCGCAAUUGCACCGCUGCGCGGUGUCUUUGAUUCCCAUCCUCACACCGGACCAGGAGAAGGUCUUCAAUGAUGAGUGCGCGGCGAUCGCCUUGGGACCACCACCGCACGUACAAAGAGUGUUGCCGAGCCUGUCGCCACCCGCGUGCACCCUCGCCACUGUAGGGCUGCUGCAUCCCUUCCAAGUCCCUAGGUUCCGUAUUGAUGACGGGGUGCCGGUUUCGGCGAACUCAGCGCCACUUCAUCUCGGAGGAUACAGGCUCUUUUGGUCGGUGGAGCCCACGCGGAGGCGAUCUGCUUAUGUAUGCACCAUCGACUACGACGAUGACGACGAUCGUGUUGUGACUAUUCGGGUAGCGACUGGAGGAGUGAUAGCCGUGGCGGACUCAAUAGAGGUUGCCUGGCGGCAGCUAGUGGAGCAGUUUUCCACCGAGAGACGUCAGCAAGUCUUGAGGGACUUCACACCGCAAUGGUUCUUCGGUCUGAUGUCGCCGGUCGUUGUGGCCCAUCUGCGCGAGGUCCGAAAGGCGUUCGCGAGACGGAAGAUCAUGCAAGAGGCAUCCUUAUGGAUGGACCAUCCGGGGGCGCGGGCGCAACUCCUGACAGGCCUGCUCGGACCUGGCAGUGAUUCAUGUGGGCCAGUAGAGAGUCUCAAGUUGAAGUCCUCCUGGGAGCAGCCGGUUCAGCCGGACAUGCGAGAACUUGGCGUCGUUCGCGUACAGGAACGCGGAAUAUCGCCACUCCUCAUUGGGCAACGGAGUGCCCACUAUAAGUUCCUUCUGGACCCUUCCAACUGCCCUGUAGAGAGCUCGACGGGCAGCAACAGUCAAACCACAGGGGAGUACAACCAAAUGAUGAAGUCCGCACGAGCGAGGAUGCACUGGCCGGAAGGCUCCUCAUCUUCACCGACUCUGACGGCGCUGUACCGUAUUAGAGCCCAGACGGACGACAAUGAAGUGCUGGAAGUGAAACGGUCAAGGAUUCACAACUAUGGGUUGUUUGCCAAAGUGCGAUUUGCUAAGGGCGACAUGGUCGUGGAAUACGCCGGGGAAAUCGUCAGGCACUCGAUCGCGGAUUGUCGAGAACGUUACUAUGAAGAGGAGAUGCUCAUGGGCCAGUGCUGCUACAUGUUCCGCUUAGAUGAGCACUAUGUUGUGGAUGCCACCCUCAGGGGGAACACUGCCCGGUUCAUCAACCACUCGUGUAACCCAAAUUGCGUUUGCAAGGUUGUGGAGGACCCCGUCCCCUUGGCCAGUGAGGAUGACAUCUCCUUCAGAGGAGUCGUUCGGGCCUCUCAUAAGAAGCACAUUAUGAUAGCUGCCAAGAAUGACAUCAGCGCCGGGGAGGAAAUCACCUAUGAUUAUCAAUUCGCUGUUGAGUCCGAGAAGCUCGCAUGUAAAUGCGGCGCUCCGAAUUGUCUCGGUAGAUUGAAUUAAUGAUGGUUUUUUUCUUU